UAUAAUUUGGAUUUGUAUCGAUACACACCACUUUCAAUCCAAAAUACUGCUUCAUCAAUCAUCAAGAUGGGAAACGUUUUACCUUCUUUCAAAGUUCUUUUAUCGGCAAUCACAGGAAGCAAAUAUUCAAAUGCAGGACCAAAGAGUCGAAACGAUGGCAGCUUUGAGAAGGAGACUAAAGUCGUUUGUCAAACUACUCGUAACAGUUGGCCUGCAUACAAAACAGCCGCACGUCAUCUGAAGGGUAUAUUGUCUCGAUCAGCAAUUUUAUUUGAGAAGGACUCGCAUAAACAACAGAUGUUGGUUAAAGCGCAACAAGAAUUAUCGCGUCAAAACGUAUAUAUCUAUUGUACCAAAGAUGAUGCAAAAUUGUUGAAAAGUAAAAUGGAGAUCAAUGAAAUAACAUAUGGCACUGACCAAACACCACUGAUUGUUCUACAAGCAUCAUCUGAUAUUAAAACGUUUGGCAGUACAAAAGGAAGCGAAGCACAGAGUUGGUCUAUUCAUCUUAAAGAUCCUCCCAGAGAGGAUUUAUUCAAAGAAGGGAUACGUGAAGACGAUAUUUGGUCGGCGUUCAACGAUAUUAUUGAACGAUAUGCCUUCCAUGUUGCAUCCGACUUCCUCAAGGAUAUUAACACUUGUACAGACAGUCUCGUUGAUGAAGGACGCAUUCAAGAGAGGCGUUAUGGCCUAAUUCAGGAAAUUGAGGCUCUUUACCAGAGAAGUUUAAUCCCAGAGGAUGAGAAAGUAGUUUUUGCUCAGGGACCGAUGCUGAAUGUUUCGCACGAGGUGUUAAUGGAUCUUCAAGACAUACCUGGUGUCAUUGCAACAGAGGUUCGAACGAACGAACUAAUUAUUGACAUUAGUUCAUCCAUGCAAAACACCAAAGGCUUAUCAGCUCAAAUAGAUUCAUGUCUUCAACGCAAUUCAAAAAAGAUUGAGUAUAAAAUACAAACAUUCAGUUUGAAGCCUUUUGCUAGUUACAUGUGCGGCCAAAAAGUGUCUGCCGCUGACGGCAUAAAGUUUGGUACUCUUGGUGGGUUUUUUGAGAGCAAAGGAAACCGCAUCCAUGCCGUUCUUUCUAAACAUGUUGUUGAACAAUUACAAUCGGAAAUGAUAGUUUUAAACAACAAAGAAAUUUGUGAAAUCCCACCAGUUGUUCACGAUCAUCCAGAUAUUGCCAUUGCGAAUGUGUUGGAGAAAUUUAAUGCUCAAUGUCAAACUCUAUUUCCCAACGAUGAUUUCAAGUUUGUCCCCGGGAAGUUAUGGUUAAAAGGAGUUACUUCUUUAGUCGGGCUUGACGUUUUUAUUUGGGGUGCCACUUCAAGGCCCGGUUAUGGACUUAUUAAAUCAACAGUCUGUUACUUGCAAAUGGAUCACUUUGUAAUAACGGAUUCUACUGACACACCGUUUUGUAAGGAGGGCGACAGUGGUGCGAUUGUAUGUGCAGAACAGCGAGAAGGAGGCUAUAUCUAUAUAGUAGCUAUGGUUAUAGGUGAAUAUAAGAAAAAGAAAGAUACACCUUCACAGUAUUUGGCUUUGCCAUUGAAAGAAGGCCUUGAAAAAUUACGCGAAGAGUAUGGUGUUGAUUUUUCUAUCCUGGGUUGAUCCGAAAUCUAAUUUGCAUGUUGUUUUUACAGAUAAAAGUUGACUAUGUAUGUAUACUUGUGUAUCGAACUUAAUCACCGUUUACAUUAAAUAUGCCCUAUUACUUCCGAAUAAGAUUUGCCAUAUUUAAUACAAUUGUUUAAAUUUACCAAAAAUAAAUGUGAAAAUCAAUGGUUCUCAUGAAGGAUACUGUGUUUAAUUUGAAAGAAAGGUGCAGAAAACACGGAAUUUCUACUUUAUGAGACGAUAGUAGAUGACAGUAAAUCUUUUGCAUUCACCAAUCAUUUAAUAUUGUUCCGUUUUCAGCUGUAUUACACGGUUGUAAGCUUGUUAGUAAUUAAUAUUUUCCAUAAAUGCAGUAUUUAGGUAGUAGUUAAAAGUUUAUCACUCAGAAUUUAUGUUUGUUAUACAUGUUUAUGUAUUGAUUUUGAAUAAGAGUGUCAC